AAAAGUAGUUAAGGCGUGUUAAUUUUGAAUCAGAUUUUAUGACGUCACUCAUGUUUGGCUCGAGGACACAGUUGGGGAGGGGGUGUGAGGGUGGAGGAGGCACGCGGAGACGCGAGCGUGAGGAAAGGGGGAAAAAACACAGUACGCUGGCGGAGAGGGGUCACGAACUAUGACCUUUAACAGAGGAAAAAACACUUCAAACAUAUAUAUUUUUAAAAGGCCAAUCGCCCUAUAUUGAUGAACGGCUUUCCACUAAGGCUUCACUAAUGACUCCCCGUCACCAUGACGAGCAGCCUAAAUCUGCUCUCUCAGCAGAGAGCAGACUCUGAACACGAGGCAGAGGGGGAAUCCUCUCCAUCAGAGUCUGUGAUGAGUGAGUCUCCACAGCGGUUUCAGUUCAUUUCUACUGACCCUGCCACAACACCACAACAAAUACAGAUUCUCACUGAUCAACAAACUGGUCAGAAGAUCCAGAUUGUGACAGCCAUGAACCCGUCCAGUGUUCCCAAGCAGCAAUUCAUUCUGACUACAGCAGACAGUUCAGGGGCGAGUAAGGUCAUCCUCGCAUCACCAGAGAGUCACAACACAAAGCAACUCAUUCUUACUUCAGCAGACGGUUUAAUGCCCGGAAGAAUACAGAUUGUUACAGAUCCAGUAUCAAUGGAACGGCUGUUAAACCAGUCAGGUGAUUUGAGUAGACCGCAGCCAGUGGAAUACUGCGUGGUGUGUGGGGACAAAGCUUCAGGACGUCACUAUGGAGCCGUCAGCUGUGAAGGGUGUAAAGGUUUUUUUAAGCGGAGUGUGAGAAAGAAUCUGACCUACAGCUGUCGCAGUAAGCAGGACUGCGUCAUCAACAAACAUCAUCGUAACCGCUGCCAGUUCUGCAGACUGAGGAAAUGCCUUAAAAUGGGGAUGAAGACUGAAUCUGUCCAGAGUGAGAGGAAGCCUAUUGAAGUUGUUCCCAGAGAGAGGCAUGCUAACUGUGCGGCUUCCACCCAGAAAAUCUACAUUCGCAAGGACCUUAACAGCCCGCUCAUCGCUACACCAACCUUUAUCUCUGACACUGACACAGACGGCUCCAGAUCCAGCCUGCUGGACCAGGGGAUGCUGGUUAACAUCCAACAGCCUGUCAUUCAAGCUGAUGGAACUUUGCUGUUGGCAACUGACUCCAAGAUGGAUUCAGGGCAGGGAGACCUGGGUACGCUAGCCAAUGUAGUGACAUCACUGGCCAACCUGAGUGACUCGCUAAAGGAAAGCCUUAACGAUGGCGAUACGUCAGACAGCCAACAGGAGACCCAGUCUGCCAGUGAAAUUACACGUGCCUUUGACACUCUGGCCAAAGUUUUCAGCCCACCUGAAGAAGGACUGGAACAACAUCUGUCAGAGAAACCCCAGUGUGUCAGUGGAACCACCAUCCAGCUGAUUAGACGAGACCAGGAGACGCCCAUCAUUGAGGUGGAGGGACCGUUGCUCACAGACAGCCAUGUCAGUUUCAAGCUGACCAUGCCAAGCCCCAUGCCCGAGUAUCUGAAUGUACAUUACAUCUGUGAGUCGGCAUCCAGACUUCUGUUCCUCUCCAUGCACUGGGCACGCUCCAUCCCUGCCUUCUCUGCUCUGGGUCAGGAGGCAAACACCAGUUUGGUGAGAGCCUGUUGGAAUGAGCUUUUUACUCUGGGACUGGCUCAGUGUGCUCAUGUCAUGAAUCUGUCGACUAUCCUUGCAGCCAUUAUCAAUCACCUGCAAAGCAGCAUUCAGGAUGAAAAACUAUCUGGGGAGAGAGUGAAGCAGGUGAUGGAGCACAUCUGGAAGUUCCAGGAGUUCUGCAACAGUAUGACAAAGCUGGAGACCGACAGUUAUGAAUAUGCUUACCUGAAGGCCAUUGUGUUGUUCAGCCCUGAUCACCCUGGUGUGGAUAGCAGUGGGCAGAUUGAGAAGCUGCAGGAAAAAGCUCUGAUGGAGCUGCAGGACUACGUGCAAAAAACAUACCCUGAUGACACAUACAGGUUGACGCGCAUCCUGACCCGUCUCCCUGCACUGCGCCUCAUGAACUCCAGCAUUACAGAGGAGCUGUUCUUUACUGGUUUAAUAGGCAACGUCUCCAUAGACAGCAUCAUCCCUUACAUCCUCAAGAUGGAGACGGCCGAGUACAACAGCCAAGACUCUGACCCAGCAGAAUGACCACACUCUCUUCCCAACAACGUCGUCCUUGAAACUCCCUUUUUCAUUCAUACUUUGACAGGUACACUCCACAUCUGUGAAGGUUUGUCAUGUCGAGCUGCAUCCAAAAACCCUGCAGCAGGCCUUUGUUUUUAAGGAUGUUUAAUCUGGAAUAUUUAGUUCUGAAAAUCUGUAUGAAUGAGAACAUUUAAAAAACAAAUGUAAUCAUCUGCAGUUAAAAGUGUGCAUAUCUCCUUAAAUGUAUUGCCUAAUUGCAUUAACACCUGAUUCAUGCCUUUUUAAACAUUUUAGUAAACCAUACCAUAGAAUUAAGCUGAUUUCCUACAUGUUAAAAAGCUUGCCUUUAAUGCUACUUUAUCAGAUAAUAUAGAAUAUUAUCAUCAUACUUGUUAUGGUUCAAAGAAAACAUUUGGCCUUUUUAAAGUGAGACCAAAGUGAAUCCAAUGUAAUUAUUAAAAGCUACAUUGGCUUUUCCAAACAUUCACUUUAAGUUUUGCACCUGAAGACUGUUUGAAUUUAACCUGUAGAAAACACUUAAACCGAAGUUAUGCUAUGAAUUAACAAAUUAUUCCUAAUGCUGUGCAAAAACAAAUGAAUGGAACUGGGAGAUCAUGAUCACUUUAGAGAGGAAGGAGAAACAUGUUUACUCCUAGUUGAUGAAUAACGGUUAGGCUAAGUAGGCUAAAUAAGAAAUGUAAUUCCAGUGCUUUUGAUGAACUGUAAAAGCAUUAAACUGGCUAGCACUUUCAUUUUUUUGCUUUUCAGUUUUGGCCUAUUUUCAAAGACUGAAAAAGAGAUUAUUUUUUUGUUUAAUGCGGUACCUGCAUUUAUCAUGCUCUUAAGUUGCCUGUGCAAUCACCUUAUCAAUUUGUUCCCCCUAUUGACAAUCAUUUGUUGUUUCUCUGUCAUAUAGGUAUCAUGAAUGUGUUAGCAUUUUCUAUUUCAAUGGCAAUUAUUUCUAUUAAGAUUUUUUGCUCAGAAGCCUGUUUUUUUGUAUGUAGCCCUGCUACUGUUUGCAUUCUAGUGCACAAUAAUCAGCUUGAGCAUUCAGGCUGACUAAACCUUUGUGUUGUUUAUGUUUUGUGCUGUCAUUUGUUAUUAUCAAAUUAGCUUUUUGCAUACAAAGUGUACUUAAAGUACUUUAGGGCAGGAUUCCCUGAUUAUUAGUUUAGAAAUUAAAAAAAAUAAAUAAAAGUAAGGCCUUGGGGAAAGCCAGCCUUGACUGUAUGGAUGUCUUGAAGACAGUAUAGAGAUAUGCAUCGGCUUUCCCUAUGGAAUAAAGAUUGCAAAAAAAAGGCUAAUAUGGAUGUACAUAAGUCGACAAGAAUCUUGUUUUGUGAAAUUAAUGUGAGUUGUAUUAUUAGGGUUUAAAACCUAAGCAGAACGUUUGUUAAAGCACUAUUGUGGAAUGACAUUUGUUUGUGUAACUGUUGAACGGAGUGCAUGUUUUUAAGCAGGGUUUUUACAAUCUGUCGGCCCUUAUAAGGAUCAUUGUUAUUGUUUUUAUAGUGCAUCGCAAUGCAUGAAAGACUUGCUUAAAGUACAUUAAAUGCAGUAUGAAAUAUGUCCGUUUAAAUGUUUAUGGCUUAAAUGUAUUUACAAUGAGCCGCUCUGACAUUAGGAUCCUGGAGCAUUUUUACUCCUUUUCUUUUGUAUCGAAACUCUUAUUAACAUUUUAUACUGUGCAGUUAUUCCCUGUUUUUUCUGAAAUGUUUGUGUUCCGAUUUUUAGACUGAGAAUUUCCAACUACAUUCUCAGCCGACCCAAGUCGGUUACAACCCUACAUUCUACCUCAGAUAAAAAUCUAAUGUAUUAAUAAUGAAUGAGCUCUUCUGUCAGCAUUCCCUAAUGCCGGCUUCUCUGAAGCCACAACAAAAUAAACUGUUCUUCAUUAAAUUUA